AUGUUUCUUCUACGAAUCUUAUCUACCUGCAAAUAUCUCCAGCACGCACGGAAGUACAGGCGAGCCGUUGUUAUUUAUAUCGCUUACAGAUUUAUACGAAAAACGUUUGGAAAAAAGGGUCACACGACUCGUAAAUUCCGACAAAAUCGCGUCCCUCCGGAGCUGUUUUUUCGGUACGGCAUACAUGAAACUGCUUUUUUGAAGGAGCCACGUGAGGGCCAAAGCAUCUGUUACGGAAAAUUUCAUAAUCGCCGAUCUUUAUUAACCAUCAGGCUCAGCAUGCUACGUUAUGCGAGAGUGUGUUUCAACAUAUUACAUAAUUGUUGUCAGCAGCAUAUCGAGUAUCUUUCCAAGGCCAAGGUCGAUGAUUAAAAAAUCUACACUCGUCGUGGUAAACCGUGUUAAAUUUCGUGUGAAUCAGCUUUUUGUUUACAUAUACC